GAGGAAGCUGACGAUGAGGAGGAGACCGCCGUGGACCUGGAGGCCCUGAAGUUACGAACCGAACCAGAACCGUCCUCCAGACCCGAGGAGAUCCUGGAGUCCAGGGUGGACUCCGUGGAGUGGAACCUGGAGGUGGAGCGGGUUCUGCCUCAGCUCAAAGUCACCAUCAGGACCGACAACAAG